AUGAUAACCCGGUUCAGCCUGUUCACGCUACUCGUCGGGCUUGCUCUCGCCGCGGAACCAAAACAGGUGGUAUGGUCUAAGGAAGCCUUUGGCCCAGAUGGGCCCUGGAACGCUGUCGAAGUCUCCUUCGGGUCCCAGCCCAACAUUGCUAUAUUCCCAGGUCGCAGGUUCAACACAUAUGUUACCACGUCCGACUAUUGCGCUUUCAACAACUCGGUGCCUCACUGCGUUUCGGGGACUUACCUCAAAGACGACGUCGUGGCUGAUGACAAAACAAUAAGAUACACACCGGACACUCAAGGGGUAACCGCGGGCAUUGAAGCCCGCGGGACCGCCAACAUGUAUCUCGAGGACAUUGAGAUGCAGUUCGCGUCUGGUACUGCCACUGUCAAGAACCACUCGAUCACCCUCAUCGAGGAUAGCUCCCAGGUGUUUGUCUAUCCCGACGGCACCUUCUACCCCAUCUUCACUGGCUGUCUCAGCAUCGGCGCUACCGACUCGCAACAAGUCUUCACCCGCGGCGACGGGGAACCAACCAUCAACGCCAGCAUGAUCCCCUGGGCACUCGAAUCCUCCGGCGAAACCCCGUCCAGCUCCUUCGGCCUCCACUACGGCUCAGCCGGCGUCACCGCCAGAAUGCCCGGCUCGCUCGUCUUCGGCGGCUACGACCGCAACCGCGUCAUCGGCCCCAUCCUCUCCCUCGAAGCCGACUUCGGCAAACCCACCACCCUCCAAGACAUCUCCCUGCACGUCAUCAAAGGCGCCUCCCCCUUCCCCCCCUCCACCACCGGCAACACCGGCAACACCGCCGCGCCCACCACCAUCCCCAACCUCCUCAGGAGUCAAGACAGCGCCAACGACGACGCGACCGCCAACCUCCCCAUCACCCUCGACCCCUGCUCGCCCUACCUCACCCUCCCCAAACCCACCUGCGACGCCAUCGCCGCCCACCUCCCCGUCACCCACAACGCGAGCCUCGGCCUCUACCUCUGGAACACCUCCUCCCCGCGCUACCACCUCCUGACCUCUUCCGCCUCCACCCUCGCCCUCACCUUCAUGGGCGCCAGCAACACCGCCUCCCCCGUCACCAUCCACAUCCCCUUCCCCCACCUCAACCUCACCCUCACCCCGCCCUUCACUGAUAACCCCCUCCCUUAUUUCCCCUGCUACACGGGCGGCGCGCCCGGGGGGGAGUAUGUGCUGGGGCGGGCGUUCUUUCAGGACGUGUUUUUGGGUGCGGAUUGGGAAGGGGGGAGGUCGUGGUUGGCGCAGGCGCCGGGGCCGAAUAUACCGGCGGGGGUGGAUGCGGUGGGUGUGGAUGGGGGGGUGGAGGGGGGCGGGAAUGAUUGGGAGAGGUCGUGGGAGGGGGUUUGGAGGGUGCUGGAGGAGGGGGAUGUGGAAGGGUUGGAGGGGGGUGGGGGGAGUACGGUUACGGGGAGUGGGGAUGGGGAUGGGGGUGAGGGUGAGGAAGCUGGUGGCUUGUCGACGGGGGCGAUGGCGGGUAUUGGGGUUGGGGCGGCUGUUGGGGGAGCGUUGUUGGUCGCGGCGGCUGGUAUGAUUUGGUGGAGGAGGCGGAGGAUGGGGCAGGCGUCACCGCAGGAGAUGAUGGCUUCCACGCCGAUGCACGAUGGUACUACUAUGGCGUCACCGGUCUACAGGGAUCAAUACACGGACCAUUACGGACCGAAAUCGCCAGACCCCGUUGCGAUGGGUCACAUGUCAGAAGCACCUGUGCAGAACGCCGUCUUCGAAAUGCCAGGCGACCGUCCAGGAAACCAUACCAGUACCGAUUGGACCAUGCGAUAG